GUCUCUCACCCGGAAACUGUGCCCGGAAACAACCAAGAUGGGGACGCCACCGCCAUUAAGUGUGAAUAAAGUGUUUUAAAAAAAUGUUAGGUGUACCAACAGGCAGACAAUAACAAGCCAACGUGUGUUCGGUUGAUAAAUAUUGUGGUGUUGUAGGCAAAACGAGACAAGGUCAUAUACGUCUCACCGCGCUGAAGGAGUCUAAAAUCGAAAUAAAAAUAAAUAUCUUACGUGAGCACGUUCACCUCGUUUGCAGUUGUUGUGGACAGUUAUCAAAGGUAAAUAUACACUCCACUACAAUACAAUACGACGUUGACAACAUUACAGCGGAUCAAAGUGUUAUAUCGCAACCGGUACUGCAGGGGCGCUGUGUCGAACAGCCGCUUUCUAGCGCUAGCCAAACUGUAAACACAUGCGCAGUCGUUCACGACGUGCUAUUCUCCGCCCACUCGCUUUCGAGGCAUGUUUGGGCCUCUAAAACUAGACAUGCUUCAUUAAAUUUGUGUUAAACAAUGGCUACUCCCGCUGUUCGUGUUUUCCGAAGGUUAGAGGGUUUGUUUUGCGUUUACAAACCUGCUGGUGUCCCAUGGAAGCUCGUGAGGGACAACAUCGAGACCAAGCUGCUCAAAGGUUUAGAUGCUUUGCCAUCGCCGCCUCUUCCUGAGCAGAUCCGGUUUUUGUCACCACCAGGCGGUGACACCAUUUCACCCAAGGGGGUGUCAGCAGCCUGUGUCCCGGUCCUGUCCAAACACCCUUUGGUAACUGGGCCUGAAUUCCAGCAUAUUCGAGUUGGUGUCGGGCAUCGUUUGGAUACAUUUUCCUCCGGUGUAAUGGUUCUCGCUGUUGGGAAUGGAAACAAGGCUCUGAAUGACCUCUACAACAACAAAGUCACAAGGGACUACACGUUGGAGGGCGAGUUUGGGACUGCUACAGAUGAUUUCUCCCACACGGGACGAGUUGUGGAACAAUCCACUUAUGAUCACAUCACGCAAGAUAAGAUGGAGAAAGUUCUGGCAAUGCUGCAGGGAGCAAAUCAAAAGGCUUUGUUAACGUAUGCCAACGUAGACAUGCGGUCACAGGAAGCCUACGAGAUGGCUGUGCAAGGUGCACUCGGUCCAGAGGGGAAGUCGCCGCCUAUUUUGACAGGUCUGAGGUGCAUUCGCUUCCAGCCUCCUCACUUCACUCUGGAGGUCCAGUGCCUGAACGAAACACAGAAAUAUCUGCGCAAAGUGGUGCACGAGAUCGGACUGGAGCUGCGCAGCACGGCCAUUUGCAAGGGAGUUCGGCGCACCAGAGACGGCACCUUCACGCUGCAGGAUGCCCUCAUCCGCCACCAGUGGACGCCCGCUGAGGUCACGCGUGCUGUCCGAAAGUACCACGCCGCUAAGAAAAACAGACUAACAAUCAAACAACCACCUCAGUCCUCCGUGAGACCAGAAGCAACUGAGUUAAGCUAAGAUGGGAAGGACACCUGACAGUCCCGAGAUAAGAAUCUCUAGUGUUGUUGGUCGCAUUGUCAACAUUUUCUUGUUCCAAAAGCUUCCUUGUGAUGAAGGCAUUGCAUUGUUGUCAUGCACUUCAUACCUGCAAGAGAACGGUGCUGGCUUGUCAGGCAGGAAGAAUGCCCACAAAGACACAAAUGAACGACAAGAACAAGAAGCUGUUUGUCGUCUGGAGCUUUAUUAAGCAGCGUUUCACAAUGCAAGUAAAACAAUUUACGCAGCUGUUUGUGUUGUUUGUCAGUCAAAUUAUAAAUUGACCAGCAUCUGACAACACUUUGAUUACCUAAAAGUAAACAUUACAUUUCACAGCAUUGUAAUACAUUUACAACCUAAUAAACGUUAAGUAUUACUCUUGUCAAUCACAACAGUAUACAACAUCCAUCCAUUUUCUGAGCCGCUUCUCCUCACUAGGGUCGCGGGCGUGCUGGACCCUAUCCCAGCUAUCAUCGAGCAGGAGGUGGGGUCCACCCUGAACCGGUUGCCAGCCAAUCGCAGGGCACAUAUAAACAUACAACCAUUUGCAAUCACAUUCACACCUACGGGCAAUUUAGAGUUGCCAGUUAAGUAUACAACACUAUUUGAUUUAUAGUCCUUUGGCAUAGUUUUACUACUACUGUGUGUUUGUAACGCUAUUUGUGAUCGAUUUUGACCACUUUUUUUCCUUACAAAUAUUGUAAAAAAAAUGCUGUUACGAGAUCCAUAAAACAUCAUCUGGUCAUCUACCACCAUGCAUUUCUAGCGACAUGGAACUUGGUAGAAGCGGAUAUUGUAAUUAAAGUUAUUGUAUUGAGAGCUCAUUAGAUUGUGCAUGUGUACCUAAUAUUGUGACCAGAUGUUUUUUUCCCGUUUUCUUUUACCUAAAUAAAUUCCUCCCCAGAUG